AAAACAGGUUUGGUCUUUGGAACCGAGAAAGAUGUUACAGCAGAACUAUGGCUUUGAGCCAGGUGUGUUGGUGUAUACCUUUAACCCCAGGCAGAAACUGAUUACUCUCUGUGAGUUCAAGGCCAGCCUGGUCAACAUAGAGAGUUUCAGACUAACCAGGGCUGCAUGAUGAGACCCUGCUUCAAAAAUCAACCAACCAAAAAAAUAGAAGAACAAUUGCUUCAGGGAGUGUAUAGACAGCGAAGGGAAAUUGAAGGAAAAACAGAAGUAUAAUAGGUAAAAAACAUUGUUGCUUAAACUUAAAGCAAGCCGGCAUCAUUACCAAUUGUAAUAACAUGAUAUAGUGCAUACUCAAGCUUGGGAGAUUUAAAAAAAAAGGGGAGUGUCAGGAACUGCCAUCAUUUAGAUGAGGUUUUUAUGGAUGACUAAGAUGGCAGAUGUGGAAACUGAGAUGAACAGACCGUAACUUGCUGUGCAAGAGAAAUAACAGAGGAGAGGAGGCAGUGAUGGGCAGGCCACAAUCUUAGGUGAUGUGAAUAGAGAAGACCCCAAGGAGAAGUCCUUAUGAGCUAGUGCUAGAAACAAAGAAAGGGAGAGAGUGAAUUACAGUCAUAUUUGGAGAAAACGCCAUGCAGCAUGAAAAGUUGCUGCAAGGGCCGUCUCUAAGAAGCCUGCUUGCUAUGUUAAAGUCUUCAGGACAGUCAUGGCUGGACAAGAGACAGCAAAGGGAAAUUGAAGCAGAUGGAGUUAGAGAGGUAUCAUUGUGCGGCAAUGACUGAUGAGGGAGCAGAUUAUUUGGACCUCGUGUGCUGUCUCAAAGACUAUGGUCUAAACUUGAGUGAAAUGUGAGAUCAUUAAAUGAUUUUGAGCAGAGAAAAGGUAAGACCUGAGUUUGUCUACUGAACAUUUUCCCAGCUGUGCUUUCAGAAAUACUUUAGAGGGAGUUGAAGGCAGAGAGUUGAAGUAUAUUGGACUCUUGAACACACGCACGCACACAUGCACGCAUGCAUGCACACAUGCACACAUACAUACACAUGCACGCACACAUGCACAUACAAGUUAUUUUCUUAGGAAGGUUUUGGUAGUGAGAGAGGUUUUAUGAAACGGAUACUAUGGUAUAGGUAAGUAUGACUACACUGGUAAUCCAUGUUGGUAGCCAGUUCAAAUGUGACGAUAUGAAAGGACAGUCAAUGGAAGGGUCCUUCACUUGCCUUUUGUGGAGAAUGAGAGACCCAGAAAGCUCUCCAAAUGGGGAACAGUGAACCCAUAGAACUCUUAUCUCAUUUGGGGGCUCAAAUUAGAACUCAGAAAACUUGCUUGGGCUCAUCUUCCUAUAGUUUUUAGUGCCGUUUCCUUGUAUGAAUUCUCACCAUUCUUUACUUUUCAAUGAAAUGCCUAAUGACAUCCUAAAAACUUGCUGUGAUGAGCUCUCUCCUUCGCCAAGGAGGAAAAGUCCUGGGAAUGCACAUUUCUCACAACUGCUGCUGCUCAGAGUGUGAGGGAAGUGUUCCCACACUGUUUCCAUUACUUCCCUCUCGGAAUUCAUCCAGUCUUCAUGAACUACUUUUAUCUCCUUUAGUGCAACCAGACUCAAUUCAAAAUAUCUGUUUUACAAGGUUUUCAUCUGCCCACUCUUGUGAGCUUAUUGAGGACAAGAAUUGUGUCUCAUAUCCUAUCAAUCACUUUUCUCACUGAACAGAAGAUAGACCAUAUCUUCAGAGGCCCCUGCUCCUCUGCCUGCUGCUCUGCUGUCUUGCAGCACAGCUGGUUCUUCUCCCAUCAACAGUGAGGAUCACUUACAGAACAACGACUUUAACUGGGAAAACGCACCUCAUCCAAACAAUCCCAUAAGACAAUGCUGCUAGGGACAUUUUUUCUGUUGUCAAAUGGUUUGCAGAGGCAAGAGCUCUCUUCUGUGUGAGUCCAAACCUGAAGGUGCUGCAUAGUAAGGAAACACUGUAAGCACCCCUCAAAAACAACCCAGCCUCAUGGAGAGAAACCAGGAAGAAACCCCGAAGGCCAGACUCCUCUACCAGGAAGUCUGCUUGGCAGCUCAGCGACUCGAUUUCUUCCUUCAAAAAGGAAAUGCCCACAAAGAAGUGUUCAAGCCACACAUCCUGGCUCUCAGAGAGAUGGUUCAGCAAGCCUGCAUUAGACUCAUGUUCCUACAUCCGGUGGUUUAUGGUAGGAAGGCUGAAGAGCUCUUAUGGAGGAAAAUGUACUCUGAUGUUGUCAUGCUGCUCAUGAAGACCAAUAAGAAACAAAUGGACACUUUCCAACACUGGGGAGGGCCCCUACAGGCUCACCUGAAGGCUGGCCUCAGGUUCUAUGAGCAUCUCUUCCUGUUCCUUCAGGGUCACUAUGAGCUGAGGUUACAGAGCUACAUAGACUGGCCUCACAGCGCUAUCCACUUGAUUGGCUGUAAGAAAGUGGGACCCACACCAGCAGAAGAGGCUUCCUGGGCCCGCAUGGCCUGUCAUCGCUGCCUGCUCUACCUGGGGGACUUGUUUCGCUAUCAGCACGAAUUCCUAGACCUGGCCACCAAGAACUUGGCAGAGAGAUGCUAUUACAGAGCCUUGUCAGUGGCCCCACAUAUGGGAAUGCCUUUCAACCAACUAGGCGCUCUCGUGGGGAGUAAGUAUUAUGACCUCGAAGCCACCUACUUCUAUCAACGCUGUCUCCACUCUGAAGUGCCUUUUAAAGGAGCCGCUUGGAACCUCAAACGGCUCUAUGAUCAUGCCGGAAAGAGGUACAGUUGUCUGAAGAGGUACCAGGGAAGGAAACUGACUCAUCGCCAGAGGCAGUGUUGGGACAACAGAAGGCUUCUGGUUAGCUUCCUCUACCUGCAGAGUCUCUUGCAGCCUAAGAGGAAAUUCAAAGCCGCAAGGCUGAUAGCCCUGUGCCAACUGGUUCUCGAAGACUUUCGUCUCUGUCUUUCCUAUCGGCCCUGUCAAUCGGGCCUAUGCCAGGCUUCCCCAGAAGAGAAACCUCCUAAAGGGUAUCUGUUUCUCCCGGACUUCCUCAUCUUCCACAUGGUGGUUCUUUGCCUCAUGAAUGUGCACAGCCUGAGGAAAUCAGGCUCCAAACAGCAAAAACCAGCUGUCAUCUUCACCUUGACUCUUUUCUCUCAUCUACUACAACAUGUGAACACGCGGAUCCAGGCUGAGCUGCAGAGGAGGAAGCUGAAUCCAGAAGUGGCUUCUUCCGGCGAUGGAUGCUGGGAGAAAGAGCCUGGGAAGCAACAUCAAGAUUUUCCAUCGCCUGAGCUCCAGAACAGCCACCCUCAGAAAAGCCACGGGUGGUCUGGCAUUUCUAGGGAGAGCGAGGCCGGUUUUCAUUCUGAUUACGACUCAGAUGAGACAGAGGAAAAGGAAAGCUCAUCCUUAAGUUCCCAGGUCCAAUCAGACACAAGCAGUGAAGAAGCAUCCCACUCAGACACCACAGAUGAAGAAGGGACUGGCCCCUUGGGUUCAGAUGCAGUUCAGAAAAGCAGAGGUACAUCCAAACCUAAAGCUGCUCAUUCUAGAAACACACUGAAGUCGUACAUACCUCCCGACAGUCUCCUCGAUCUCUUGAAAACAACUCUAUCCUCUAGUCUGCCAGCUCCUUUGAGCCAAAAACUCCAAGGAAAACAUGGCUUGCCCUUGGCUUCCGUCUUUAGUCAUAACGUUCUGACACCUCAGUCUGAGCCAAGGCCUGCUGUCAGCAGUUCUUUGUGCACUGAGGGUGAGAUGAGCAGCUUUCCUGAUGCAGAGUUCUACACGGAUUCCUCUCGGGAGCAGAAGCCCUCCAUUUCCCAGGACAACAACCUCCAGACCACUCAAUGGAAACUGGACAUUCUUUCUGCAGAGGGACUGUUGCCUACCAUCAAGGUGAUCCUGAGCUGGCUCCGCAGCAAUCACAGCAUCCUCUUGUCACACUGGAGGAGUGUAUUUAGCUUGUGGGACCACCUCUGUGUGUUGCUGAACCUGUUGCCCUCAGUGGGAGACCUUCAGCAUCCAGGUCUUGGCCUGUCUCACCAUCUCCAGGAGUUGCUGCAGAGCUGUCGAUGGCCACACACUCCCAAGUACCUUCAGCUCCCUGAGGACAUUGCCAUGUUCCAGCAGCCUCCUCCUCAAAUGUCUCAGGAUAGGGUAGGCUUAGGGCAGGAUCCACCUCCCCUCACCAACCAGGAGGAAGUUAUCGUCCGUAUCUGUUUCUUCAGAAAUUUUGGUCACUUUGCAACUAGACUCCCCGGACAGUUCUUGAGCUUUGAUUCUAAGCUGGGUGUCUUUGUGAGCAGUACCCUUGAAAGGUCAGAAGAUCCACCACAGCAGCUUCCAAGAACAGCUGCACGAAUCAGGUUUUCCAAAGACAUAGUCCAGCUUUGGCUUCAGAGGGAAGUGGCACUGCUAGAGAAGACCCUCCGAGGUCCCCAGACUCGGUCAGUGUUGACCCCUUACCUCUUCCCUGACCCCAGGGCCCUCUGUGAGCAUCUUUCAGUGAUACAGAAACUAGCCACUAGUGCUAAGUUUUUUCUUAUCAUACCCAAGGUUGUGGUUGACACACUGUACAUCCUAAAAUGGGAGGAUCGCAGAGCCUUGGCUGCCAUCACUUUCCUAGAAGAUGAGUUAAAGAGAAGGAACCAGUACAUUCUCUGCCAGUCCUUUGUGUCCAAGAGGUUGGUGAGGCCCAGGAUGACUAGACAAGACUCUGAUGCCUGGGACCUCUAUAAUAUUCUUGAGUUCUGCAAAAGUCUGCUGGACUCUUCCAGGCCAGGAAUAUUGGAUCCCAGCAGCAUGGUGACUAUCAUUACUGGUGUCUGUUUGGAUCAUCCUAGGAAUUUCUCAUACCCACUGCAGUUGGUACUGGGGAUGGCAACAGAAGCUGGUGUGGAAAUCAAGAACAUCCUGAACUUCCACAAAGAAUGGAAAGUGAUCAGUUGACAUGUUCACAUCUUCCUGCCCCUGGUCCUUCAGUGCUUAUUGCUCAAAUUCAGUGUGUUUCUUUGUCAUAAGCACCUAAUGCUGAGGUAGGCAGUGUGUACUUGAGUAUUUGUGUCUACCUGUCGGUAGAAUGUAGUGUGUCAGCUUUCAGAGGCCUUCCUGUGUCCUCCGUCUUAGCUCUGUAUUAUGCUUCCUCUGAUAUAAAGCUCAAGAUUAACUUAUUGUUAAGUGAUCUUAUGGCAAAGCAGCAAAUUCAGACAUCACUUCAGUGUCCAAAUACAGCUUCGUGGAUGGUCUGUGAUUUACUUAGCUCUGUUUUGUGACACACGACUUUUAUGUAUAUUGUUUUGUUAUGGUGGGGCCAGGUCUGCUAUUGAAGGCAUGUCUCUGCCAUCUAUGAAACUCAAUAAAUAUAAAGUUAAAAAUUUCA